AUGCAUUUUUCUAGUUUGAUUCCCGCUUUGGGGGGUCUUGUGGCUGUUGCCACUGCCUCGCCUCACCUUCUCGGCCUCGGUCUCGAUGUCGACGUUUCGCUCGGAGGAAACAGUGCUGGAGCUUCUAAGCCCGUUGACACUUCCUCCAAGGGUCUCGACCUAGCUCCCACCACUGCCGCCGUUAGCCAAAAGGGAGGUCUUCCUUCUACCUGCAGCUUGGCCAACAGCUGGGAGAACCAUGUUCUCUUCGACGGUAUCGCUGCUCCUGCAUCUGGCGCUGCUGCCGCCAUUAAGCUUGGUCUCAACCUUCCCAAUGCUCAGAUCGAGGGUGAUGCUACUCUUGAGCUUGUGAAGGACUUCCUUAAGGAGCCUCGCGUCCGUAUUGGUCUUGGUGCUAUCAAGGCUUAUGUCGAGCUCGACAUUUCUGCUUCCGCUGCUGUUCACGAAUCCAUUGAACUCUUCGCUUCUUCUGCUCUUCAGCUUGAGGUCCCCGGUCUUCUUGAGGCUGAGGCCGGUGCUGCCCUCGCUCUUGACCUUGUCGUCGGUGUCGAUGCUGCUAUUGACCUGUCUGCUGGUGUCUACCUUGCCUUCGGCGAGGAGGCUUUCGUUGAGGUUUCUCUUCUCACUAAGGAGAUCGUUGACGUCUCCCUUGAGGGUCUUGUUGCUAAGGCUCUUCCCAUUGGCGUUGCUGCCGAGGUUGACCUCUCUGCCGAGGUUUCUCUUACUCUUGGCCUCCGCCUCCGAACUGAGAUCGAUCUUUCGGCCGAGCUUGACAUUCCCGUUCUCGACAUUGAGGCUGGUGCCAAGAUUGCUGUCUGGGUCAGCCUUUUCGAGUACACUGCCGUUCUCAUCGCCACCGACAACUGCGCCGUCUCCGUCGAUGAGCUCAUUUCUCUUACUCUUGGUCUCGCUGUCGAGCUCAACGUUGAGGUCGGCGACAUUCUCGACAUCAGCCUUGCUCCUACCCUCACCGUCACCCUUGCUACUGCUGCUCAGGCCAAGGUCUGCCAGCCUAACCGCGGUACUCCUGGUGGCUUCAUUGAGAAGCAAGGUGGCCCUUCUACCACUCACACUCAGGUCGUCUCUCUGUCUACUCUCCCUGCUGGAGGCUCUGAUUCUACCACCGGCUCUGCUCUCCCUGAUGCCACUGGUUCUGUUGACGCUUCUGGUUCCGCUGAUGUUACCGGCUCUGCCACUGCUGACUCUUCUGACGUUUACCCCGUUCCUGGUGCCUCUGGCUCUGAGACUUACCCUGCUGGUGCCGAGACCACUGGCUCCGGUGCUUACCCCAUCCCUGGUUCCGGUUCUGAAUCUAGUGCUUCUGCUGGUGCCGAGACUACUGGUUCUGGCUCUGGUGCCUACCCUGCUCCCGGUGCCUCUGGCUCUGAGACUUACCCUGCCGGUGCUGAGACUACCGGCUCUGGAUCUGGUGCCUACCCUGCUGGCCCUGGCUCCUCUUCCGCUCUCGCCAAGCCCCAGACCACCGGCGAUGUCACCAGCACCGUCACCUCCACCCACGUCUACACCAUCACCAGCUGCGCUGCCUCCGUCAUCAACUGCCCUGCCCGCUACACCCAAAAGGUCGUCACCUCCACCGUCAUCGAGAGCACCUACGUCUGCCCUGCUACCGAGACCGGUGCCGUCCCCGCUACCACUACUGCUCACUCCACUAAGGUCCAUGUUCCCGUUACCACCAUCACUGACACUCUCACCACGAUUGUGCCUUGUAAGACCCGAACUACCAAGACCUUCCACCCUCCUACUACUCCUCCUCCUGCUCCUACCGUCACCAUCGUCGACACCACAACCUACUGCCCUGAGGAGGGAAAGACUGCUCGGCCUUCCAAGGGCCAGACUACUUUCCAGGUCGUGACCACUGCUUCCCCCAGCACCAAGGCUUACGAGGUCCCCAGCCACGCUGCUCCUACCACCGAGGGUGAGGAGAAGCCCACGGCUGAGGUUCCCGUUCCUGGCAAGCCCACUGGCGAGGCUCCCGUUCCCGAGAAGCCUACUGCUGGAUACCCCACUCCUGAGAAGCCCACCGGUGGCAAGCCUGUGGCCCCUCCCGCUCACAGCGCCCCUUACCCUCCCAGCAACGGAACUGUCUCUACCCACGUUCCCGUCUACCCAGCUCCUGUUCCCACCACUGCCGUCCCUGUGGUCCCCGCUCCCGGCACCACCGCUGGCUACGCGCCCCCUCCCGUUGUCUCUCAGCCCGGAGUUGUUCCUCCUGCUGCUGAGACUCCCGUGGCCACUCCCGUUCCCACCACUCCUGUUCCCGUCAGUGGUGCCAGCGUGGUUCGCACUGGCUUCAUGCUGGCUCUCCCAGCUGCCCUUGCUUUCUUCAUGUAG